AUGAAGGCGCUGCUUUUGGCGGCUUGUGCCUCCCUUCCGCUAGCCGUCCGAAGGGACUCCCCUCACAUCGCGAGCCAGGUCAGCCAGGAUGGCCACCACGUGCCCUGGGGCAACACGCUUGGCGAGGACAUCGGCUUCGAGGUGGAGCUCGUCUUUGGCUCCCUUGUGAACGCUAUGUUGUGGCCUUCGGUGGUCGACAAAGGUGUCCAGGAGAUCGCGAAAGGACUCCAACAGUCAGGUCUCCACGUGAACGUCCGAGCCAAUGGCUGUAGAUGCUCGAAGUGGGUGCAGGGCCAGGGCUACGUGGUCCCGUUGUAUUUCGCCGUCAAAGGCGUUGGCAACUUCGAUGUGUUUAAUGCGAAGUCCCUGGGGAAAGUGAAGGCCUCCGCGUUGGAGGUGGCGCUGAAAGGCAGCCCGAAGCCUGGCGGGGGCUACGCUAAGGAUAGCGAACCUGUGGAGGCGCAGUUGCGAGCCCACCCCGCCGUCGGCAACGCCCUGAAGAGAUUCUCCCUGCUCGACGCUGGAGGGCUCAAACUGACGCUGGCCGUUGAGUUUUGGGAGAGCGAGCUCGCAAAACGAGACGGCAGCACCUCCCCUUCUGCGCUGCUUGAGAAGAUGUGGGGCCAGAUCACAGGCCUCUAUUGGCAGAAGCUGCAUGAUGGCGGGAUCGACUGUGUGAUCGCCGGUAUGGAGCAUGCGAAGGACACUCACCCACAGUCUUAUGGCGAGGUCAAGAAGCUAUCCGACAGAGGCGCCGCCGCAUGCGUCAAUGCGCCGGACUUCAAAGCCAUAGCUGCCGCCGACAACGGCCAGGUCAGCCUAUGGGAGGGCACGGAGAGCGGCCGGAAAUUUCUGGGCUUUCGCGCAGCAGUCACCCUGCUCAGCGCCAAUGUGAACAUCAAUGCAAGAGGGAAGCUUCCAGAGCUUCGGAACGACGUCAUGGAAGCUUUGAUGUCGCCUACCGGGGAGGAUGUAGAAAUAGCAACUAUGCCACACCUGCCGCCCCCUGAACCUCCCGGCCCCCGCUUGAAUGGGACCAGAAGCACAGCAUCCGAAAGGAAUGAGUUUGAGCAGCUUCGGGAGACGCUGCGUGAUCCCGCUAAGCAGCUCAAGCUAGCGGGAUGUUGCUCUUUCUUCGGCUGGAGCUGUGUCGUUUAUGCAGCUUUCUCAUUCCACAGCAAGGGAGACUUGCUCAACAAGGCAAAUGCCUGGGAUGUUGCCACGAUGUGGCAGCAGACGACCUGCCAAGUGCUGGCCUCUGGCGUCAGCUGCACCGACAUACGGAAAGGGAGCACGUGCGGUGGCUACGUAGCGGGCGCAAUGCCGUCAUCGCAGCCACCUGUGUUCCUGACGGAGCAGAUAGCCGUCUGCCCAGGAACCUACUGGUGUGCCAAAGAAGGGGAUACCUGCCAAUGCAACGGGGAGAUUACUUACGCCCCGGAACUCUUCAAUGGCUUCACGUAUACGGUUCCAUCGACCGCGAAAACCUACAAAGUGGCUUCCCGCUCAUCGUGGAGGUGUGGGACGGACCAACGCGGCAAGCCCUUCCCCGUGAAUCAGGACUGGAGUUGGCAUGUGAAGCACUGUUGGUGCACACCUCAGGGCAUCCUGGACAUUUUGAGGAAGCACAAUGCUUCGAGGCUCCACAGAAAAAUGUGCGCCGAGGCGGCGCAUCUGGACUUUGAGCAGCCAGGCCACGACCUCCGGCGCUUGCAGGAACCACAGGAAGAAGAUGAGGACGAGGAGCUGACCGAGGGCGAGGAGGUUGCUGUGGCUCCGGCCCGGCGCCUAGCUAACACCCGUCGACGCACUUUCAGCUACACGCCCUGGGCCCUUGUUUCCUUACCAUUAAGGGAUGGUUCCGACAGCCUGGAUGGGGCCGGAGACGGCGACAAGCAGAUCAGCUGCGCCUAUGAGUUUGGAGUGCCAGGGGCUUCCUCAGCACUCUACAGAUCCGAGGGGCCCUAUCAGUCGGCAGAUGUCUGGAGGGCGGAAGACGUCGCGAAAACGUGGGGAAGCGUCUCAACUCGACCCUGCUGGAUACGAGUACGCGGCGAAGGCGCAAAAGGCUUGGCCGAUUGCGCCCCGGCCCUUGACAAACCUGGCGCACUGACGGACGAGGCAGCAGCAAAAACAGAACUUGUCCAGCGCCGUCUAUGGAUCUUUCUUGGUCUGUCCUUGUUCUGCACUGGUGGCUUGAUAUUUCUGCUGGUCCAACGCAUACUUUCUUGCCACGAGAGAAGCUCUGACAGCAGGGAGGCAAGAUCUGACCAAGAAGGCCUUGUGACACAUAGUCUUUAG